GUGUGUGUGUGUGUGUGUGUGUAUCUGCGUCACAGCAGAACCUUGUCGUUGGUCAGGAGAGCAGAGUCGCGGUGUUUCUAGUGUUUGUUCUUCUCUAAAUAAAUCAUCCAUUAUGGUGAAAGUCACCUUUAAUUCCGCUCUUUCCCAAAAGGAGGUGAAGAAGGACAGCGAGACUCUUAUUCCUGAUGACAAGGACCCAGAGGCAGCGCAAGUUGUGGGACAGCCGUCAAGGGCGUGGUGCUGGUUCUUUUACCUGGGACUGGCUUUCAUGCUGUCGGGUGUGGUUGUGGGCGGAGCUUACCUGUACAGGUACUACGUACUGGAGGAAGGCCAAGUGUUUGUGUGUGGUGUGAAAUACCGUGAAGAGAACUACAGGAUCCAGGAGGAGUACAAUGAUGUAGUGGAGGAACCUGCACUAGCCUUUCGUAGGAUUGACGAGAUCGUGCGAGUGCUGCAGGAUGAGGAGGUGGAGCUCAUCAACGUCCCGGUGCCCAGCUUCAGCGACAGCGACCCGGCCGUCAUUGUGCAUGAUUUCAAACGGAGGCUGACUGCGUAUUUGGAUCUGAGUCUGAAUAAAUGCUACGUGAUUCCCCUGAACACCUCCGUGGUCAUGCCUCCUCGUGACUUAAUGGAUCUGUUGGCCAAGCUCAAGGCAGGAACCUACCUGCCACAGACGUAUCUGGUGCAUGAGCAGAUGAUUGUGACAGAGAAGCUGGAUGACAUCGAGCCCCUGGGUACUUACAUCUACAAAGUGUGUCAAAACAAAGACACCUACAGACUGCAGCGCAGGGACACCAUACUGGGUUUGCAGAAGCGUGAAGCGCUGAACUGCCACACGAUCCGCCAUUUUGAGAACCACUUUGCGAUGGAGACGGUGAUCUGUGAGCUGUGAUGAGACACAGAAAAGAAAUAAUGAGAGGGAAAAAAACGGAGAAAGAAUUUUAUCUUCAGUUUUGUCACUUUUCUGUUGCACAUAAAAACCAUGUUGAGGUUCCUUUAAUACUUCAGUUUUUAUUCAGCUUUAAGUUUCUCUCAUUUUUGUUAGAAAAGUGUGUGCGUGUGUGCGCGUGUGUGCGUGUGUGUGUGCAUGUUUCAUCAGGAUCAUAUAAUCCUUAUAGAGUUAAUUUUUAUUGUUUGAUUUGUUCUCUUGAUUUUUGAUGAUCUUCAGUGAGACGUUUAAUAUUUUAGAUAUGAAUUAGAAAAUAAAUACACUUUAGAAAUCUAUAUUCAAAUUAAUUCAAAUCUGGAUUGAACUUCUGUGUAUAUUUUCAAAUAAACAGGAUAUAUAUCGGCUUGGAGGGAACAAUGAACGUCAUUUUUUAUAUCAAUGUACCAUCUUCCUCCUUUGGCUUUAACUGAAGUAAUCUAGGUCUAAUGUCCAUGAGCCGAAAGGAGAACUUCUCUAUUAAUAACAAUAAUAAGAAUAAAAGUCUUUAACUGUC